GUCAUCAUCACGCACUGCUGCCAAAACUGCUCUGCCCAAAAUGGCCAACGUCGAGCAGAGUUUUAUCGCUUUUUUCUCCAAUCUUGUUCAGCCUACUGUUUUGAUAUUCGUGGUAGUGUUGUUGUUAAGUCUGUGGAUUCUGUCGUCGAGGAAUCCUCGGGUGAACUGGCCGCCCGGACCUCUCUGUUUCCCCGUGGUGGGGUGUCUCCCACAGAUGAUGAUCAGCGGUAGGAGACGACAACCGACAGAUCUUCUUCCAUGGUAUGAUAAAUAUGGAGAUAUCAUGCACGUCAAACUUGGUGAACAACACAUGAUAAUGCUGGGUACUUAUGAGCUAAUCCAAGAGGCUUUCGUGAAGAACGCAACCACAGUCAGCGCUAGACCUACUUGGAUAUAUCUUUUAAGAUAUAUAGUCGGGAGGGACGGGGCUGGAGUUAUAUUUAAAUCCGGGCACGAAUGGAAAGAGCUCAGGAGAUUCACACUCUCGUCUCUUCGAGAUCUCGGCCUCGGGAGAAAAAGUUUACAAGAGAGAAUUCAGGAUGAGGCAAGGUACUUGGUGCAAAACAUUGAAAAUGAAAAUGGAAAGACUUUUUCUCCAAAGGAAAGGAUUGGGAACGCCGUCAGCAACAUUAUUUCUACCAUUGUGUUUGGAGCUAGAUAUGACUAUAGAGAGACCCCAGAAAUGCUGUCGGUUUUAGAACAAUCUUUGAGAAUUGGCCAGGGAUCACUGACCCUAACUGACUUGGCGCGUUUCUUUUUACCGCUAGAAAAGAUAUUGGCUCUUAGUGACAAGCUUUAUAGUUUGAUACGACAAGAAGUCGAAAAACACCGCCAGUCCUUUGAUCCAACUGACAUCCGGGACUUUGUUGACCUCUUCAUAAAGGUCAUCCAAGAUGGACAUGAUCCCGAGGUCUACACAGAAUGGAACGUAUUCCGCAUCAUCGUUGAUCUAUAUUUUGCUGGAACGGAAACAACAACUAAUACUUUGAGAUGGUCCCUGAUUCAUAUGGUAAAUCAUCCGGACGUUCAGAAGAGGGUGCAGCGGGAAAUUGAUCAGGUCAUAGGUCAAGGUCGUGUCGCCAAUAUGGAGGACAAGGCCAGGAUGUCGUUCACGGAAGCAACCAUACUGGAGGUCCUUCGUAUGUCCCCUGUUGCCCCGCUUGGAGUUCCCCAUGCCACCAGUGAAACUACAAUUUUGGCGGGAUACACCAUUCCCAAGGACACCAUGAUAGUGGCGGAUUUCUACCGUAUUCUUCACGAUGAAAAUAACUUCCAAGAUCCUUACAAGUUCAAACCAGAAAGAUGGCUGGAUGGCGACGCUAAAGUGACCAAGUCGGACAAAAUGAUACCAUUUUCCAUGGGACCCCGCGUUUGCCUGGGAAAGGGACUGGCUGAAAUGGAAUUAUUCAUUUUCUUGACCACGUUGCUUCAGAAUUUUACCUUCAAGAUACCAGAUGGCGAGAAACCACCCGAUGGAGUGGAAGGUUCCUACGCUGACACUUUUGCACCACACGUCUAUAACGUGUGCGCCGUUAGACGUUAGAAAGUGUGCGCCGUUAGACGUUAGAAAGUGUGCGCCGUUAGACGUUAGAUUGAAGACGCACAGUUCAAACAUGCAUGCAAAACAGCAUUCAUUAUAUUUAAAGAUGCAUAUUGAGGCAGUACUU